GAGCCCGGCCCCUCCGCUGCCCCCUCCCCGGACACGGCCCAGGCGGUCCCGGUGCCGGGAAGCGGCUGCUCGGCGACGGGACACUGGGCAGAGCUCUGGCCCAGAGGAAUGUGUCCCUCAUCUGAGGACAGGAAAAUAACCAGCAUCUUGAUCAGAUUGAGCUUUUGCUGAUGGGUCUGUUCUGUACUUUCUGCCUGUCACUGAUGCAGGUUCAAGUCUGGAUUUCUGUUUCCUGGUCCGUGGCCUUUGAGAAGGAACAGCUCAGAGCUUUCUGUGCCACCGUCAUGUCUCGUAGCCCCCCAGGUGGCUCUGUGGAUGACAAGACCUUUCUCCUGGAGUACCGAUGCCACCCGCUGCAGCCAGAGCCCCCCAGCCCCAAAUCCCCCCCUGGCAGGCACAGCUCCACCACCACAGCACCCACUUCCAUCUCAGCCAUGGGCUCCCUGGCCCAGCCCCGCAGGAUCAUCCUCAGCACGGAGAGCCCGGCUGCGCUGAAGGUGGGGACCCAGCAGCUGAUCCCCAAAAGCCUGGCUGUCUGCACCAAGACCAAGAACAACCCCACCCGGCACCAAAGCUUCGGGGCAGAGGGGCCAAACCGGGAGCCCCUGGGCCCCAACCCAAAGCUGGCAGCUGUCCCCAGAGAGGAGGAGGAGGGGGAGGAUGAUGGUGGAGGGACCCUGAAACGCAACCUGAGGAACAUGUCCUACCGCGCUGCCAUGAAGGGCCUGGGCACGGACUUGGAGACAGUGACUGCUGUGCCCUCACUGGAACCUCUGCCAGAGGAGGGCAGUGCCCUGCCUGCCCCCAAACCCAGCAGGAGCAAGAGAACCCUUGGGCGGAGGCGGGUGCAGAAGCAUGGUGGCUCCUUCAAGGACCAGCCUCGGCUCUAUCAGGAAAUCCGUGAGAGAGGUCUGAACUCUGUCAGCCAUGAGUCAGAUGAGGAUUUGCUGGAGGAAUCCAUCCCAGAAGAGCCAUCCCCUCCGGACACGGGUAUCGUGGUGCAGAGCUAUCGCCGGGCACAGGUCACCUGGAGCCAGCUCCCAGAGGUGCUGGAAGCGGGAAUCCUGCAGCGGAUAUCUCCCGAGGAACGCAAGAGGCAGGAGGCAAUGUUUGAGAUCAUCACCUCUGAGUACUCCUACAUGCACAGCCUGAGCAUCCUGGUGGGCCACUUCAUGAGGUCAGAGGAGCUGAAGGAGACAAUGACCCAGAUGGAACACCACCACCUCUUCUCCAACAUUAGUGACAUCCUGACAGUCAGCACCAGCUUCUUCAGAGACCUGGAGAAGCGGCACCAGGAAAACGUCCUAAUUCCCGACAUCAGUGACAUAGUGGAAGAACAUGCCUCCAACCACUUCAGCCCUUACAUCAGCUACUGCUCCAAUGAGGUCUACCAGCAGAGGACCCUCCAGAAGCUGCUAAACACAAACCCCUUAUUUAAAGAAACCCUGAAACAAAUUGAAAGGAGAGCAGCCUGCGGGGGCCUGCCAAUGAUAUCAUUUCUCAUUCUCCCUAUGCAGAGAGUGACACGGCUUCCUCUGCUCUUAGAUACUGUCUGUCAAAAAACAGAAGCAUGUACUGCAGCAUAUGGAGCUGCCACCAGAGCUCUGAAAGCCAUCAGCAAGCUGGUUAAGAACUGUAACGAGGGAGCUCGUGCUAUGGAGAGGACAGAGCAGAUGUACACCCUGCAGAAACAGCUGGAAUUUGGAAAGAAGAAGCCCUUCCCACUGAUCUCUGCCUCCCGCUGGCUGCGGAAGCGGGGGGAGCUGUACCUGCUGCUCCCAGAGGAGGCAGGAAUCUUCCGCCGUGGGGCAGGCAGGCUCUGCCACCUCUUCUUGUUCAACGAUGUCCUGAUCAUCACCAAGAAGAAGAGUGAGGAGAGCUACACUGUGAUGAACUAUGCCACGCUGGACCAGGUCACGGUGGAGAAGAUAGAGAACACAGACCCACCAUCCCCUCCUCCUGGGAAGAGUGGGCACCUGCUCCGGGUGGUGAUGGAGAAGGACAGCGAGGGGAGGAGGGAGGAGGUUGUGCUGUCAGCAGAGACACUGAGUGACCGUGCCCGCUGGAUCACUGCACUGAUGCACAGAGGAAAGGAGAAGCCUGACAGCACUCCUAAAGGAGAUCUGACCCAGGUGGAGAUCACCCGUGCUUACCUGGCCAAGCAGGCGGAUGAGCUGUCCUUGCAGCAGGCUGAUGUGGUCCUGGUGCUGGGAGGUGAGGAUGGCUGGUGCUGGGGUGAGAGGCUGCGGGACGGUGAGCAGGGUUGGUUCCCCCAGAGCUGUGCUCGGCAGAUCACCAACCGCUCCGCGGUGGAGGGAAACGUCCGCAGGAUGGAGAGGCUGCGGGUGGAGACCGACGUGUAGAGACCCAGGGAUGAUUCCUCUGCCAUGCCUCAGGGUCUCAAGACCUCUGCAGACUGAGCCCAUAGCAAGAAGGGAAGGGGGUGAUCCUUCCUUUGUGAAUUUCAUUUGUCCC